AAAAGCCAAAUUGUUUGUUUUUCCUUUUUUCUGCUUUUCUGUAUUAACCAUGUCUAGUUUGAUUGAAAAGAAAAAGAAGUCAUCAAGCAAAAACCUUAAGCCAAAGAAAUCUUCAAAGCACUCUGUAGACGAUAUGAUUGGUGAACCUGUUAAAAGCACUAAAAAGAAGAGUAAUAAAUCAAAAAAAAUCAAGAACAAAGCAUUGCCUACCUCUACCCUCGAAGAAGAUGGUGUCACUGACCAAGCUAAGAAUGUAACUGAGAUUACUGAUCAAACUGAGAAUGAAGCUGGCGAUGUUGUUCAAGAUGCUAUGGAGAAGGCUCAAGACCAAGGCGAAGGUGUUUCAGAAGAAAUCAAGAACCAAGCACAGGAGACUAUUGAUGAGGCUCAAGAAACAAUGGACAGUGAAGAUGAACUUAAUUUAGGAGACAAUGAUGCCUUAAGCACAAUGAAUGCCAUUAUGGAAUACAAUCGUCAAUUAAUGCAACGAUUAAAUGAACUUGAAAGUCAAGCUCAAUCCCAAGGACAAGAAGUUAGCAAGCAAACUGUACAGGAUACAGUUCAAGACACUUAUAAUGAUAUCAAGACUAAAUAUGAAAAGACACAAGAAGGCGAUGGUACUAACCAUUCCUUUGAACUCCCUCUUGGUGAUAUGAUGAAGGGUUAUGGUAACUUGAAUACCGAACCUCUUCCUGAUAUUCAUGAUUCCUUAUCAAAAAAGUCUGACAAGGACGAAGAAUCUACUGUUCAUGGUGGUAAUAAUGAAGGAAACAAGAUUAGCAUUGGUAAUGGUGGAAAAGACGAUAUUGUCGUCAAGGUAGAAGCAACAAAGACUGGUAUCACUUUCUCAAUUCAUAUUCCUCGCGAUUAAGUAAAAUAAUAUUAAUAAAAAACCUAUUUGUUUAUACUGUAAUA